AUGCGGCAGCAACACGGAGAAAUCAAGAUGCAUCGACAAAAUGGGAACGGCAGCGGGCUGAGCUUGGAGCGGUUCAUCCGCGGCAAAGCUAGACCAAACAAAGGCAAAGGAGAGUCGGCGGGUGGGAAGAGGAAGCGUGUCGAGAAGGCAGUGCUGCUUCGGAACUACCGCAAGGAGAAACAACGCGUGAACGCUCCAGCACCGGCGACUGCCGCAGACGAUUCCAAUGCACCGAAAUCAUUCUACGACAAGUUCUUUGCGACCAUUAAGAACGAUGGUGACGACAACAUAUCGUCCAAGUCAAUGCACAAGAGCCCGACGACGCACAAACCGGAUCCAUUGUUCAAGGCCAAAAGAAAAGCUCAGCUCGUCAAGGAUGAGCGCAACGUGAAGCGACAGAUCAUAGAACAAAAGGUCAAGGAAAAGGAGAAGAAAGUCGAAAAGCGCAAGAAGCGCCAUGUGAAGUUAAGCCUGCGCACGAAGACCGGGCAACCGGUAGUGAAGCACCAAAUCAAAGACAUUUUGGCCAAGCUCAAGAGUUCCCAGUAGCGUUGCAUGAUAAAAUUCACCUGCGAAUAUGCGCACACACGACUCGCGCGCGAAAUAUUCUUGAAGGAAGCACAUGCAGCCACGAGAUGCAAGCCACGGAGAUGAAAACUAACCAGAUCUCGUGUUCUUUCGUGGUUUCCUGUGUUAAUCAAUUCUAAAAGAAGUCAGAGCUCG